AUGGCAACGACUGAUUUAGAGAAAAAACUGCACAAGCCCGAAGAGGACAACUCCGCAUCUAGCCCUUCAAAUGGCUCUGUAAACCAACAGGACGUGGAGCAGGCAGGAACUUCACCCGGGCAAGAUGCGCGCUCCAUUCAUGGUGUCAAAUGGUUCCUGGCGGUGUCCGCUAUGCUCUCCAGUACCUUCUUGUUCUCGCUCGAUAACACAGUUGUGGCCGACAUUCAGCCUGCAGUCAUCAACAGCCUUGGGGAGAUCGAACAGCUCCCUUGGAUGGGUACUGGAUUUGCUCUCGGAGCCGUCUCCAUUCUGCCUUGGGGCAAGGCAUACGGAGUAUUCAGCAUCAAGUGGCUUUAUUGCCUUACCGUAUUGAUCUUCGAGGUUGGCAGUGCGCUUUGUGCAGCUGCACCAACGAUAGAUGCGUUCAUCUUGGGGAGAGUCAUUGCAGGUAUCGGCGGAUCCGGUAUGUACGUUGGAUGCAUCACGUACCUCGCUGUGACGACAACCGUCAGAGAACGGCCCACUUACAUGGGCAUUCUGGGCGUGAUCUGGGGCGUCGGGACCGUGCUAGGUCCAGUCGUCGGUGGCGCCUUUGCAGACAGUUCUGCCACAUGGAGAUGGUCUCUGUACAUCAACCUGCCCAUCGGUGUACUGUUCGCCCCAGCCUACCUGUGGAUCCUGCCAAACAUCAACUUUCAAAAGGACACACCGUUGAAAGACAAGCUGAAGCAGGUUGACUGGUUUGGCAUCAGCUGGUUCUACGCCUUUAUGACCUGCUCCAUCAUGGCGAUCAACUUUGGAGGCAGCUACUACGUCUGGGACUCCCCGAAUGAGAUCGCUCUUUGGAUCCUCGCUGGUGUAUUCUUCAUUGCUUUCGUUCUCUCCCAGCACUUCCACCCCUUCAUUCCGCGCGCGCAAAGGCUCUAUCCAAUGCACUCUACACGGCGACCACUGCUUGUCAACAUCCAAAUGCAGCUGUUUUUCCUGUCUGGAAUCCUCUUGGGCUCGGCAUACUUCAUUCCUCUGCUGUUCCAGUUCGCAUUUGGCGAUACGGCACUUGAGGCCGCUGUCCGCCUACUGCCAUACAUCGCCAUGACCGUCCUCUUUUCGCUCUUGAACGGAACACUCAUGACCAAAUUCGGCUACUAA